AUGGAGUCAGCUCGAGAGGUCAGCGAUGGUAGACUCACCGUCGAGGGUUUCUCUGUAGCUGCUCGAGCUUUUUCCGAUAAAUGGAAAUUACAUAACCAGUCGUUGCCUCCAUGGUCCUGGGUUCCUCUGAUCAAUCGAGCUCUACUCGUUUCGAAUAAGGAGGAAGGUUACUUGUCGCUAGAGAAGAUCGUCAUUCUCAGUUCACUUGAGGAAAUUCCAGAGGAGGAAUCUCUAAAUGUAACAGCUGAUUACUCGGAAAGCGAAGAGUUAAUUGAUCAAACGAUUUUGGUUCAAAACGUAGAAAAUGAAGCACACUUCUAUGAUUUUCAUAUAGUUUACAGUGCAUCUUAUGGGGUUCCUGUGCUAUAUUUUCGCGGAUACUGCAGCAGUGGAGAACCUCUUUCUUUGGAUGUCGUAAUAAAAGAUCUGCCCUCGUGCUCUGUUAGUCUUUUGGUGGAAUCUAAGUGGACAUUUAUAACACAGGAGGAGCAUCCGUAUUUAAACAGGCCAUGGUUCAAGCUACAUCCAUGUGAGACUGAGGAAUGGAUCAGGCUGCUUUCCCAAAGCAGCACCUCUGCUGGAUGUAAGAUGCCAGUUGAGUUGUACUUGGUGUCAUGGUUCUCUGUUGUCGGGCAGGUGGUUGGUCUUAGGAUCCCUCUUGAGAUGCUGGAUCAGCCAUUUUCUGUAUAG